ACGUCAAAUCUGUCGGAUUGUUCCAAAUGAAACCUCGAAACCCGAAUCGAUAUCAUUAAGCUUUCAUUAAAUUAACAAAUUAAGACUGCAUUGUAAGUUUCAGGCGAGAAUGUAUUAACUUUUAGGUGCGUGCCAACAGUUGUUACUGAAACAUAUUGCUUGUUUUUCGUAGAUCGAGCGUUGCUGAACGACUGGUGGAGUUUCAAAUACCACCAUGCGGCUUCUGCUUCCACUGACGGUGUUGGUAGUGCUGUGCCUAAUACCCCAGCACGUUACUGCCCAAGAUCUCGAGGAUAAUGAUUUUGCCGAAUUCGAAGACUUUGAUGAUGAUGAAUUUGUAAUGGGAGAAACACACCAAGCUGGCCAACAGCAGGCACAACAACAACCGCAAGGUGCCGGAGACAGUCGUCAAGGAAACGAACCAGGCAAGGGUCAAUCGAAGAGUGUACCAGCUUCGCAGGAUAGUGAAGACUUCAUGGAGAUUGAUGACGAUCAGGCUGACGAUGACGGUAUCGUCGAGGACGAGGACAGUGAGUUCGAACAUUUCCAAGAUGAGGAAGAGUUUGAGGGUUUUGCCAGCACGAUCGGCGAUCAGGAUGAGCUACGACAGGGUGAACCGGUCGGAAAGCAUGCUGAACCGAAGCUAACCAUUCCGAAGGUGCCGAUACAUUUCCGCACACACUGGGACUCGUACUGGAUGGAAAUGCUUAUGUUGGCCGGAUUGAUGGCUUACUUCGCGAACUACUUGGUGGGCAAUAAGAAAAAUUCGGCCAUUGCCAACCAAUGGCUAUCGAUACAUCGUACCUUGCUGGAGGACAACUUUGCGCUCGUCGGUGAUGAUGGCAAGAAGGAAACGGAAGGAUCGACCUUUAGCUUUAACAAAGAAAGCGAAAGUGUCUACACACUAUGGUGCAGUGGACGUACCUGCUGCGAAGGUAUGCUAGUGGAGCUUAAGAUGAUCAAACGACAGGAUCUGGUGUCGCUGAUUGCCGGCAUAAUGAAGCCGGUACAGGAUCAGUUGCAUAUCAAGGUGGAACUGUCUGCAGAUGCGAUGGAUAACUUUGUGUUCUGUGUUGCCAGCCGUAAACAAGCUACCAAAAUGUUCAAAGAGCUCAACGACUUGAACAAAUUCUGUUGUCUAGUCAGCAAGGCCGAGGAUAAGUACGGUAUUCCCGGGUUUGCGUUGUUAUCAGAGAUUGCCGAGGUUUCGGCCAGUAUAUUAGAUGGUAGAGUAAUAGCAGCUUUAAAUAAGUACGCGCACUUGAUCGAUUACAUUCACCUGUCGGAUCAGUACAGUGGCCCGAUACAGCAGGAAGACCCGAAUCAGCUGAAGCGUCCCGAAGUUCGGCGUAUACUGCACUGCGGAUUUAAUGUCCCAGUUAAAGGAGAUUUAGAAGAAAUGAAACCAUUGCUAAUACUCGUGUUUUACCUUAUGGAUCGUGUGCGCCGCUACAAACUUUCGAAAGAGGCCAAAUUAAAGUCGGAUAAGAAUCGUGCUGCGGCGGAGGAAGAGUUUAUGAAGAGCACUCAUCAGGCCCGUGCCGAAGCAGCUGCACUGCGUCGCGAAGAAAAACGUAAGGCUGAGAAGGAGAAAAUCCUCGCCGAAGAAGACCCGGAGAAGCAACGGCGCUGGGAAAAGAAGGAACAGAAACGCCAACUCAAGAAGCAAGCUCCCAAGAUGAAGCAGCUUUCCAUUAAGGCUCUGUAAAAGAAUGGUUGGAUGGAUCCGGUGAAUUGGUUCGGUGGAGUAUUAAAGUUUUUUUUUCUGUUAUUGUUUAUUAAAAUCAUUCGCCAGUCCAAAGGCUACGAUGCUGAAUGGAAUACACAAAAAAAAACAAGGAAAAGAUGACAUUUGGACAAUUUCCACAUCAACACCAUUAGCUAUGCAAAAGCUGGGUUAAAUGUAGAACAGUCUUAGGAAAACGUAGCAAUGAAUAAAAAAAAUUAUCGGAUCGUAGGAAAAAUGUUA